AUGCUCGUUAAUUUGUCUAUUAUGAAGUUUACUAUUAUUUCGACUGUGAUUAUCACUGCUUCUGCAGUCAUUGCUGUUCCUGCCAUCAAUGACAGACUCCAGUUUAAUGCACCGUCUAUCAACCAAAAUCAAAACACUGGUCUCGAUACUGGUCCUGGAUCUGGCCCUGGCCUGUCAUCUGAGUCUGGUCUUGGAUCUGAGUCUGAAUCUGCCAUUCAGGAUGCAGCCAAAAUCCCGAUUUUUUCAGCUCCAACGUUUUCAAAACCAGUAUUUUCACAAAACACUGCUGAUACUCAAAACAUUGAUAUUCCACAUCAAUCAUCCGUCUGUUCAGUUGACGAUUACGCAAACACCAUCCAGAAUUUGCAAAAUGUAAUCCAACAACAAAUGUCAACCAUCCGUGACAUGCUGGAUAGAUUGCACGCAUCCAGUAUUCAACAACAAGCAAUGCCUGAUUCAUCAUUUGAUUCAUCGUUUGGUGCACGUCAUGAUGCAUUGACUCGUUUGCAUGAUUUGAAUGAUCGUCUUGGCAACAAUAUGGUCAGAUUCACGACUGCUAGUCCAUUGGUUAUGGAUUCAUGGUCUGAUGUCAAGAGCGGUAUGAAACCAUCAUGUGCCGGAAUCAAUGCGGCUUCUACAUGUCAAGAAAAUGCAAUCAAGAGUGAUGUGUCGUGUGGUGAAGACAAGUCUGCAGCAGUAGAUCGAGCCAAUGCAGUGCGUGGAUUCAUACGUGGCAUUGCAUUGCAAAAACUUGCAUUGUUGGACUGUGCAGCAUCUAAUCUUGGACAGCAAUAUCAAGGUAACCAAAAAACACAGCUACUGCAGCAACUUGAUCGUGUUCGUGAAGCCACGGCAAAACUUGAAUUGCAGUUCAAAUCGCUAUCAUGUCGUGCCAAGCAACUAGGCAGCUGUGAUGCCAAGAUUGGUGAGUGUAAAGGUGUUCGAGAUAAUACACGCUUGGAACGACGAUGGAUCAACCCCGCCAUGUUUCCUAAUAUGAAUCCAGCAUUUUUUCCAGGAGUUGGUUCUGGUGUAGCUCCAUUUGAUCAGCCCUGGGUUGGAGUUUAUACAUUUAAUCCCAACUUUUACUAUCUAGGGUACUAUCCAGAAUACAACACAGGAUACGGUGCAGGAGUUGCUCCGGGAUAUGGUGUAGGCAUGUAA